CCUAAACCUUACUGACCGUUCAUCAAAAUUGUCCACACCGUCUGAUCACGCAUUUUCUCUCCUAAAACAAAUCUUUUAGUUUUCAUCAACGUUACGGAAACCCCUUUAUCUCUCUGUCACACACACACAUUCACACACUCUUCUCAGUUUUCUCUACCAUAUACAGAAAACUUCAUCUGUUUGAAAGGUUAGGGUUUGAAAAGUAAUCGAGUGAGCAGGAGCAAUGCCGUUCAUAUCGGAAGCAGCGAGUGCCAUCAAAAGCCGGUUUGGUUUCCAUGAACGUUCUUUGGAGUCGAUGCCGUCAGUCCGGAGCUCUCCGGAUCUCCUCAAAUCAGUAACCAAAGAGAAGAACAGUUCCCAGUAUUCUACAGGGCGGAGUGUUAUUGGCGAUGUAGAUGAGGAUCAUGGAAUGUCGAACCAGGGUUUCGAAAUCACUGAAGACCCUUCUUUCUGGAAAGAUCACAAUGUUCAGGUUAUAAUAAGAGUACGUCCGCUGAGUAGUUCUGAGAUAUCUCUGCAAGGAUAUGGUAAAUGUGUUAAGCAGGAAAGCUCCCAGACAAUUACUUGGACUGGGCAUCCAGAAUCACGUUUUACUUUUGAUCUUGUUGCAGAUGAGAAUGUUAGCCAGGAGAUGUUAUUCAAAGUGGCUGGGGUGCCAAUGGUGGAAAAUUGCAUGGGAGGCUAUAACAGCUGCAUGUUCGCCUAUGGCCAAACUGGAAGUGGAAAAACUCACACAAUGCUUGGAGAUAUUGAAGGAGGCACUCGAAGACAUAGUGUCAAUUGUGGGAUGACCCCUCGAGUUUUUGAGUCACUGUUUUCAAGUAUUCAGAAGGAAAAGGAGGCACGCAGGGAAGAGAAAUUAAGAUUUACUUGUAAAUGUUCUUUUCUAGAAAUAUAUAAUGAACAAAUUCUCGAUCUUUUAGAUCCAACCUCUAUGAAUUUACAGAUAAGGGAAGAUGCUAAGAAAGGGGUCUUUGUAGAUAACCUCACAGAGGUAGAAGUUACAAGUGCUCGAGAUGUGAUUCAACAACUUGUUCAAGGUGCAGCAAACAGAAAGGUAGCUGCAACUAAUAUGAAUCAUGCAAGCAGUCGUUCUCAUAGUGUUUUUACAUGCAUCAUCGAAAGUAAGUGGGAAUCUCAAGGUGUAACACAUCACCGAUUUGCUCGGCUUAAUCUAGUGGAUUUGGCAGGUUCUGAAAGGCAGAAGAGUUCUGGAGCUGAAGGUGAACGCCUAAAAGAAGCCACCAACAUUAACAAGUCCCUUUCGACGUUGGGACUUGUGAUUAUGAACCUUGUAAAUUCAUCUAAUGGGAAGUCGCUCCAUGUUCCUUACCGGGAUUCAAAGCUCACAUUUUUGCUUCAGGAUUCUCUAGGAGGGAAUGCAAAAACGAGUAUAAUUGCAAAUAUUAGUCCGUCAAGUUGCUGCUCAUUGGAGACUCUAAGCACAUUGAAGUUUGCACAACGUGCUAAAUUCAUUAAGAACCAUGCCAUUGUGAAUGAAGAUGCUUCUGGCGAUGUCCUUGCCAUGCGGAUGCAAAUUCAACAGCUUAAGAAAGAAGUAUCUCGUCUGCGGAGUUUUCUUAAUGGAGGAGCUGAAAACCAUGAAAGUGAUGCUUUGACGGUGUCAUUUCCAGGUUCUCCAGGAUCCUUUAAGUGGGAAGGGCUUCAUGGAUCAUUCAGUCCAUUUACAUCUGAUAAAAGGAUGUCACAGAAGAAAGAGUAUGAAGUUGCCCUUGUUGGGGCUUUCCGGAGGGAAAAGGAUAAAGAUAUUGCAUUGCAGGCGUCGGCUGCUGAAAGUCAGGCAGCAAUGCAGUUGGCCAAACAAAGAGAAGAUGAGAUACAAGGCCUAAAAAUGAGAUUACGGUUCCGAGAAGCUGGAAUAAAGAGGCUGGAGGCAGUUGCAUCCGGAAAGAUAUCAGCCGAGACACACUUGUUAAAAGAAAAGGACGAACAUUUGAAAGAAAUAGAGGUCCUACGCACCCAGGUUGAUCGCAACCAGGAAGUAACAAGAUUUGCCAUGGAAAACUUACGACUAAAAGAAGAAAUCAGAAGAUUGAAGUCAUUUUGUGAAGAAGGUGAACGUGAAAGAAUGAAUGAACAGAUUAUGACAUUACAGACCAAGUUGCUAGAAGCACUUGAUUGGAAACUAAUGCAUGAAUCAGACCCCUUCAUUAAGAAAGGAAAUUCAGAUCUGGUGAUGGACAUGCACAGUGAUUGUAAUCUACUGGUUUCUGGUCAGGAGUCAGCAUCACCUUGGCGUACUUCAAUUAAUGAGGAGAACGAAUUUCUUCGUAUGCAGGCUAUUCAAAAUCAGUCAGAAAUGGACACAAUCCGCAAGAAACUAAAUUUGUGCCUUGAAGAAAAAGAUAAAUUGGAAAGGCAAGUUAACUAUUUGGAAACAGAGUUAGAAGCGGAGAGAUCUUCGAAAGCCAUGAAGGAAGAAACACAUAAAUUGCAAAUCGAGCCACCUUCUCUAACAACCGAUCAAGCGCUGAAUAUUUCUCUGAAUGAUCAGAUAGAGCUUAAGACAAUGGUUGACGCUAUUGCAGCUGCAAGCCAAAGAGAAGCAGAAGCUCAUGAAAUAGCAAUUAUUUUGUCUAAAGAAAAUGAUGAACUCCAAAUGAAACUCAAGGUCCUAAUCGAGGAUAAUAAUAAAUUGAUUGAAUUAUAUGAAGCAGCUGUUGGAGAAAAUAAUGAUCAAAGAAAUGACCGAGCUCAGAAUUCUCGAGUCAACACUGAAAAUUACAGUAGUCACUUAAUUAAAUUUGCUGAAGAAAAGGUGGUGGAGAUGAGAAGGGAAGCUGAGAACCUGGAGCAUCAACUCAUGGAAAUGCAUGAAGAGAAUGAGAAACUAAUGGGUCUGUAUGAGAAAGCCAUGCAAGAGAGGGAUGACUUUAAAAGAGUACUUUCUUCUGGUGGAAAGAACUGUACUGAAAUUAGAGAAUUUAAUUGCCAAGAGAAGCUUGUUGAAGGGGAUGGAGGGGAUAAACCCAAUUCAGAUGAAGCUCCUGUUUCUGUUGUGGGGAAACUUUCGAAGGAGGAAACUGGUUUGUCUGGAGUGUAUGUGCAAAAUGAAAGGGUAGGUAUACAGUUAGAGAAUCCUGCUGUAUCUUGUGUAGCAAAAGUUCAACUGGAGGAAGGUUCCAGUCAUCAUGCUGAAAUUCUGGAAGUAAAUGAUAGUCUACAGUUGGAUGGACCUUCUAUAUCUGAGGAAAAAAGAAAUUCAAAAGAGAAUGCUUUUUCCAGACAAAAUGUGCAGGACAGAGAGGGAAGUCUUCUUCAGACACAUGCAGGAUAUCAGCUUGAUGUUGAAGAUAAUGUUGACACUGAAGCAAGGUCACUAAACUUGACAACAAUGAAGAUGUUGGAUGAUUUAAAUAUUGUUAGAAUGAAGCUUGAUAGAGCACAAGAAAAGCUCUUAAAUUCUGCCCCAACUAUCAGUUCAUUUGGAUCACUAGAGAAAGCAAUUAUUGAAGUCGACAAGCUCUCAAGAGAAAUUGAAGCAAUAGAAGAUAACAUUCAGGCGAAGCAACAGGAGUACGCAGCCCUCAAACUAAUUUCUUCUGACAUGCAGGGUACAAUAGCUCUAAUUGAUAAAAAAAUGGCGGCAAUCAAAUACUCUCUAUCAAGAUUUUCUUCCUCGGUUGGUUACUUUGAACAGCGAGAAGUCCAAGCAAGGGCAAGGGUACAUGCUACAUCAUCUUAUGUGGACCAAAAGAAAGAGGAAUUGGCCCGCCUUCAAGCUCAGAAAGAUGAAAUUGAGGAUGCUAAGAGGAGGUUUCAACAAUCUGAACUUGAAUUAAGGAACGACCUUUUGUGCUUAAAAUCAAAAGUAGAGAAAGAAAAUCGUAGACAGGAGCAUGAAAAGGUUCUCUUUGCCAUUGAUAAUGUCGUUGAAACAGACUCGCCACAAAUAAAUUGGCAUUUGGGUGGUAAGGCCACUGAGUUACUGAAGUCUGAAGAAGAGAAGACCAAGCUACAAACUGAGAUGAAGCAAGCACAGGAAAAGCUUGGGAUCAUGAGAAGCGAAGUUGAGGAUUUGAACAGGAAGUUUGGGAAGGUGGACAGUGAAAUGCAAGUUAUCCAUUUGGAGGUACAGAAAGGUUUAAGGGCAAUGGAGGAGAACGAACAAAGGCUUCGGAGCAACAUUCAAGAGAAGGAGAUGGUAUUGGAGAUGAAAGAGAAUGGAAGGCUUGAGUUUGAAAAUAUAAUUCUUGAAUACCAUCAAUGUAUUUUUGAAGCAGAGUUAAAGGAGGAAGAGAUGAAAAUGUUGGAAGAAGAGCUCCAGAUGGAAUUGAGGAAAAUAAAUGAGUUGCAGAUGGAAAAGGCGGCAGCCACGGAGAGGAAGACUCAGCUGCUGGAUGCUACAAGGUGCAAUUCAUUCUUUGUAUCUGAUCAAAUAGAGGAGGAGCUCCAAAAUAUUCAGACUUCAGUUCAAGAAUUGAAGUCAUUGCUUGCAGAUGAUGGUCAAUGACAGUUUCAGUCUUGUGUGUAAUUGUUGAUUAAUUCACCUCAAACUCGGUGAAACCAAAUCUGAAUCUUGUAUCAACUAAACCCCUAUGAUUGUCACUAGUAAAUGAGCUUUGAUUAAUAUUAUCGUGUUGAAUCAAGCAGUGUCGCCUUUUUAGGUAUUCAAUAAAUAUCCUGUUAACAUGACAUGAAUAUAUCCAAAUGUUUGGGGCAAGCAGAUUUGAUGUUUAUCAGCUUGAGACCUUUACUCUAUUAGUCUAAAAAGAUCAUAGCACAUUCGGG